AUGUCUUCGGCCAUCUUGGACAUGCAAUGCGUCCUGGGAAUGGACAAUAAAUACAUGAUUAAAGAAAUGUCUAUUGUAGACACAGAAACAUGGGCGACCCAACAUUGGAUUUUUAAAAAUUCAAAACUAAAGCAAGACAACAAGAGUCGUAAAACCAACAAGUGGCUGGAACGUAACUAUCAUCAACUAUCCUUGGAUUAUGGUGAUAUCGAGUAUGAAGAACUAAGUAGAAUAUUGAAUUCAUUAAAGUUCAGAUGCAUAUACGUCAAGGGCGAUCAGAAAAAACAAGUUUUCAUGGAGUAUAUACCACACGUCGCACUCAUCAACAUUGAAGAUUUAGGCUGCCCUCGUUUGGAACAAAUAUGCGAUGACGAAACUCUAUCUUGUUGUAUUUUUCAUAUGGAAUUUAAUCCUAAACAAUGUACAUUUUAUAAAGUUUUUGCUAUAAGAAAAUGGUUUAUAAAGAAUUCUUAA